UGUCACAUCCAUCAGUCGAAAAUAUUUGUGUAGAAUUUUAUCCACAUGUGAAAAAUAUUAAUUUUAACUAAAAAUGAACAAAUUAAUCAACAAUAUAUUUAAGAGCACCAUGGUCUUGUGCCAUAGGUCUCAUAAUGCAGUAAUUAAUGCUUCAGCUAUCGCAGUGAAAAGAGAUUUUCAUACAACACAUGCGGCGCAAGACUUGAUGGAAUUCUUUGAUGACAAGAAAAAUUGGUCUGAGACCAAUAUCAGAGUUGGGAGAGGUUGGAAAUUAGACGAACUCAGAAUAAAAUCCAAUACGGAUUUACACAAACUAUGGUAUGUAUUACUAAAAGAGAGGAACAUGCUGUAUACAAUGGAGCAUGAAUGUAAAGAACAGGUUAAAUUGUUUCCUAAUCCUGAACGAAUUGAUAAAGUGCAAGAGUCGAUGAAUAAUAUCGAAACAGUAAUUAAAGAACGCAAUGUUGCAUACUAUAAAUUGGAAACUGGGGAGACAGGGGAGAGGCCAGUAGAGGAUGUUGUAAGUCUAAUUGGACUUCCAGAAAAAUAUGAGAAAAAAGAAUACCCUAUACCCCAAUUUAUGAACACUAGGUGGGUAAGAACAUAUCUAGAACAUGGAUACAUUAAUAGCAUAGCUGUAAAGAAAUUUUUAAGGAAGUACAAGGAAAAGCAGUACAAUGAAGAAAGGAAAGCUCGCAACAGGGAUUACAACCACGUCCAACAGUUGCUCAAGAGAUUCCCAGAUAUGGAUAUGGAAAAGCUGAAAGCGGAGUACCCAAGUGUUGAUAUAGAAAAGGCUAAGCGCACCAAAAAAGCUAGGGGUCACUAUUUUCCCAAGUAUUAGUCCUUUGUUAAUAGUGAAAUAAUAGAAUUAAAUAUUUUAACAUCUGGUAACUACUUUCAUGAAAAACUCAUUUAUGAUUCUCCAUAAGUGGAAGAUGAAAAUAAAAUAAGUUUAGAACA